AUGUGGCGCUACAAUUAUCGAGUUACAAAUGUAUACCUGACGCAGCAUGGCGCAAAUUUGCUAAAACAUUUAAAGCAUGUGCAUAAAGAUAUACAUAAAGAAAUCUUAGAAAUUAAUAAUAGUCGUCAAGAUCCCGAUAUGGCCACUAAGUCAACUACUGUAUCUGACACUGUGCUUAAGGAAUGCACCAAUUUGGUAGCCAUUCAUGGUCGUCCCUUUUCAAUGGUUAACGAUAAAGCUUUCCAAAAUUUGCUAUCUAUGAUACCCGGAAAAAAUACCAGCACUAUUAACGCUAUUAAUAUUAAAGAAAAUCGCCAUACUUCAGAGCACCUCAAAGAUCUACUGAUGUACAACCUUCAGCGGUUCCGUAUUGACACGGAAAUUAAUAAAAAAAAAUAUUGCAUCACAACUGACAAUGGCGCUAACAUGAUUAAAAUGACCAAGCUCCUUAACGAUAUGGACAAUUGUGUUACCCUUGACAGGAACACUAUAGAGGCCGGCCCCAGCUCCAGCCAAUGUGAUGAUGAAAACGCAGAUAUAUGUAAUGUUUCUGAUUCAGACUUUGAAAAUUCUGAUUUUUAUUUUGACGUUGAAGAAGCAUAUACUGCACAAUUAACAAAUAUACUCAGAGCGCAGUUUACUCAUAUCACUGGCGAAAAUGUUGAGUAUAAAAUUGGCAUAGUAAGAUGUGCCGCACAUGCUCUUCAGUUAGCGCUACAUGAUGCUUGUGAUGAUGUAGCCUUUUUUAAUCUGAUUUCGAGUUGUAGAGAAGUUGUACGACGCUUGCGGACACCACAGUUUGUGAGAAUUAUUAGAGAACAUAACAAAAAUGUACCUAAAUUAGACUGCUCUACCCGAUGGCAUUCUCUAACUGACAUGGUAGAAAGUUUGCUAUCGCUGAGAGAUAUAUGUGCAACUGAUGUCCGGCUUCAUUUACCUGACUCGACAUGGAAUACUUUGACAGAAAUCCUGAAAUCUUUGACACCUGCAAAACAGUUGACAAAAAAACUACAGGAGGAACAACUGACAGUCAGAGAUUUUUAUCUGGCAUGGAUGAUGUGCCAAUUCCAGUUAUCCAAAAUAAAGACCAGACUGUCCGAAAACAUAAUUGAAUCGAUGAAAGAAAGGCAAAAACUUCUAUUUGAAAAUCAUGUUUUUAUUAAUGGAAUGAUUUUAGACCCAAGAGAAUCUUUUGAUGCCUUUUUAAAAGAGCCACUUCUUCAGUCUACAGAAAGUGUCUUGAUGUACUGGGAAAGGUCACGUUAUAAAUUUCCUCUUUUGUACAAAUUAUCUACCAUCGUAUUAGCUGCACCAAUGACACAACAAGAAACUCAAAUCACCCUCAAAUCACCGGGUGCAAAAAAUUCUGAUGCACACGCAGAAAUGUUAUUGAAAUUGCAACAUUUUGAUACUGACGAUUGGUGCCAGAAAGCUCUUGCGCAAAGAGCUUCGCUAGGAAGGACGCGUAAACCUUUUGAUUCUUCAUCUAGCCGGGUGCAAGUUACGAGUGAACCAUCAGCCAGCACUGCUACCUUCGCACCCCCUGCGCAAGGGAAAAGCGCAGAGCAGAGCCCUUACGGUCCGAAGAGUAAUACUGCCAUACGAGCGGCACCCUCUGUGGCAAAUGACCUGCCUCCCAUUGGGGUUAUCAACAGCGCCAAAAGUUUUUGCAACGAUAACGAAUUGGGUGGCGGAGGUACUCCGAAGCAGGGGUAUCAGGAUCCUGGUAUAUUUGCACGAUUUUUGUUUCGCACAUCAGAAUCUAAGGGUACUGUAACAACAGUCCGCCUGAAAAAAGGUCUCACCACUGAAGCAUUAAAGUUGCCUGGAAAGCCCCAGAAUGUUUAUUUGAAUGAACAUCUCACACUGAACAAUAAAAACUUGUUUCGUCAGACCAGAGAAGCUGCAAAAAAACAUGGAUACGCUUUGUAUGGGUUAAGCAUGGAGUCAUCCUGGGACAAGAACAUUCCAUUCAUAUUAAAACACUUCUUCAAAGACAUUACAAAUGAUCCUGGAAGUGACGUAAAUAUAUCUGGAACUUGCAAAAAGUGUUCGAAAACACUAAAAGGAAGUUUGAAUUCUACAUCCAACUUUUUGAACCAUUUAAAAAGAAAAGGACAUGCUGAUAUAUUAGAAGAGUAUGAGAAACUCAAAAUACAACAUAACAGGAAGAGGAAAAAUGUUGGUGAUACUGGUGAGGGAUGCAGUUCAUCUAAAACAUUGAAACAAUCCACUCUUCCAGCCAUCUUACCAAAAAGAUUCAAGGGAACACAUAGUUAUGAUAAAGUAGCUGAGCUGAUUGCAGAGAUUCAUUCUGAAUUUGAUUUGAAACUGUCAAAAAUAAUAAAGACUAUUACGGACAAUGGAUCAAAUAUGGUCAAAGCUUUUAGAAUAUAUGGACAAGAUUCAGAUACAGGAAUAAGUAAAGGAACUCUUAUGCAAAAUAUUGAUGUAAUGCAUGAUAAUAUUGACGAUGGAGAUGAUGAUGAUGAUAAUGUGUUAACCCUAAGACAAUUUUCGGAGUCAUUUGAAGAAUUCGAUGAGUUGCAACUGCCUAAUCAUGAAAGGUGUGCCACACACACAUUACAUUUAAUAGCUUCACAAGAUAUGGAUAAGGCUAGAUCCCAAAAUAAUUCAUACAAAAAAAUGUAUGAUACAGCUAUGGCAAAAUGUCGAGCAGUUUGGAAUCUAUGUUCGAGGUCCCCUAAAGCCUGUGAAAUAUAUCUGGAAUCAACUGGAAAAUCCCCUACUUAUCCAUGUCCAACAAGAUGGAAUUCAUACUAUAAUUGCAUUCAAGAUCUAUUGGCAGUCAAGGGUACCCUAAAUGAAACUUUUAAGAAACUAGGGUUGCCUAUUUUUAAAGAAAUUGAAAUUCAAUUUCUUCUUGAAUAUGUAAGCUGUUCAAAGCCUAUUGCUGAUGGCAUCAGAAGUUUAGAAGGGGACAAAGAUACUUACUAUGGAUGUCUUUUACCAGAACUGAUGAGAAUGCAAAGAAUUCUAAGCAGCUUGAAAAUGGAUAACCUUACAUAUUGUGAUGUAUUAAUAGAUGUCAUUACAGAAAGUCUUAAUAGGCAUUUUGAGAGAUUUUAUAAAUUAGAAGAGCCAAAAGCAAAAGAUGGCAUAAUAGCAUCAGUAUCUUAUCCCUUUUUCAAAAUGAAAUGGGUGCCAAAAGCCAACAGAGAAUACAUCAAAGAAGUAUUUGUGUCAGAAGACUCGGAUUCUUCAGCAGCCAGUGAUAAUGUUAAUACAACUACAAUAGAUCUGGAAACACUACAAUAUUUAAAAGAUGAAGACAAUACCUUAGAAUCCUUGAACAGGUAUCCUACUGUAAAAAAACUCUUCCUUAAAUAUAAUACCUGCUUACCGAGUUCUGCCCCUGUAGAACGACUAUUUUCAUUUGACAUGUCUGAAAACUUCGACCCGAAGAGCGACCUAAUAAUAACGACCACGACUGAGGCAGCCGGGGACCUGAGAGGGAGGAUAUCGGCAAAGUGGGGAAACCACUUUGCAAGACAGGUAAAGACGAUGGCAUCCCUCCAGGUAAAUAGAUCAAAAGAGAGCUACAACCGUCUCAUAGUUGACGAGGCUCUCAUGAACCACCUUGGCUCCUUAGUCCUCAUCACCCGCAUAACAGGAGCAUAG